AUGAUAUUAGGAAAAUAUAUUAAGGACCAAAAAAUUAAAUUAUUUUUCUUUACUAAAAUUUUUACCUUUAAUUUUUUAAUGUGGAUAUUCCUUUUUACUAGUUAUGCAAGUAAAAUAAAUAAAACUUUGGAUGGGAUAUACAAUGUUGAUAGCAAAUUAGUUGAAAGAGCUUACCGAUUAUUAGGAAAACAUAAACAGAAAAAACGUUCAAAUACUGUAUGGAUAAAAGAAGAGCUUCCAAAUAAUGAAGCGUUCGAGAAAAAAGAUAUAUCCAAUCAUGAUGAUGUGGCUAUAAGGAAAAAGAAACAAUUGAAAGAAAGUUCAUUAGAUAAAUCAAAACUCUAUACAGAAGUUAUAGAUUAUGAUAGUGGAAUGUUCGAUGGGAAGCAUUAUCAUUAUGAAAAAAAAUGGAUUAACAAAAAGGAUUAUGAUAAUAUACUUAAAAGAAAAAGGAGAAUUAACUUUAUGACUUUAAGUAAAAUGAAAUAUAAGGGGUAUGGAUUAGUGGUUGCCAUGUUUUUUUUUUUAAUUUUUUUCGGAAUAGGAUUUCCUAUAGUGGAAUUUUCAGGGAUCAUGAAAACUAUUAGAGAUAGCUUGUUCAGUGAAACAUGGUGGUCACCUAUGAAAACCUUUGGAAAUAAAUUGGCAUCAUUACUUACAGACUUUAUAUUAGAUAAUAUUUUUAUAUUAUCAUAUGUGGUAUCUAUCGUUAUGAUAGCAAUCGUGAUUGUAAUACUCGUCCCUAGGAUCUUAAGAAAUAAUGAAAAAUACAAAAAAAUUAAGUUGACGAAAGAAUAA